GCGUAUCAAUUUGGACCGGGUCGGGCCGGACGGGAGCCCGGGAGCAGGAGCCUGACAGUGGCCGCCGGGGGACACGUGUGGCCAUGGGCCUCACUGCGAGCGCGGAGCAGCCCGAGGGCGGCGCGGAGGGAUUCCAUUUGCACGGGGUCCAGGAGAACUCCCCCGCUCAGCAGGCCGGCUUGGAGCCCUUCUUCGACUUCAUCAUCACCAUUGGCCACGCCAGGCUGAACAAGGAGAGCAGCACCCUGAAGGACCUGCUGAAGGCCAACAUGGAGAAGCCGGUGAAGCUGGAGGUGUACAGCAUCAAGACGCUGAGGGUGCGCGAGGUGGAGGUGGUCCCCAGCAACAUGUGGGGGGGCCAGGGCCUGCUGGGGGCCAGCGUGCGCUUCUGCAGCUUCCAGAGGGCCAACGAGCACGUCUGGCACGUUUUGGACGUGGAGCCUUCAUCCCCCGCGGCCCUGGCCGGACUCCAGCCGUACACCGACUACGUGGUCGGCUCCGACCAGAUUCUCCAGGAGUCAGAGGACUUCUUCACGCUCAUCGAGUCCCAUGAGGGGAAGCCCUUGAAGCUGAUGGUUUAUAACUCUGAGACCGACUCGUGCCGUGAGGUGGUUGUGACUCCCAAUGGCGCCUGGGGUGGAGAAGGAAGUCUAGGGUGUGGAAUUGGAUACGGGUAUCUGCACCGAAUCCCGACCGUCAGCCCCAAGAAGCCCCAGGAGAGCGGACUGCCCGCGGCCCUGCCCCCCGAGACCCCGUCGUCCAGCCCAGACCAGGGGGGCUAUACCGAGGCUUCGCUGCAGGCCCCCGACUCCCCGUUCGAUGGGGCCCCAGACGUCCUCGACGUGGACCGGUCCGCAGCCUCCGGGAGCGACGCCUGUCCUGGGGGGACAUCGCUUCAGCCUCCGCCCCCCGUCCAGCGUGUCAUGGACCCAGGGUUCCUUGAUGUUUCGGGCAUUGCCCUUUUGGACACUACUGACGCCGCGCCCCUGCCCAGCACAGCCUCCCCGCUCUCCCUCCCCUCUUUGGGGGAGUCUCUGAUGGGAACUGAGAGCGUCCUCCCCAGCAGAGAGCCACUUGCAAAUGAAGAUGAAGCCCCCGAAGGCUCGGUCCUGGACGGCUCCGGGCCGCACUCGCAGCAGCCGGAACCCUGCUCGCCGGCGAGCCUCCCCAACGACGUCUGUUCCAAGGCAGCGCUGGAGACGGCCGAAGCCCCCGACCUUCUCCCGGGCCAGGCGGAGGCGCCGGUUGCCGGGGAGGGCGGGGUGUUAGCCGAGUCCGAGGAGGGGGACCCUGCCCUCAAGUAACGCUUCCGCACAUUCGGCCGCCCCCCAGAGACCGCCCUCGGCUUUGCGCCCUCCCCGGUGUCCCCGCGCCGACCUGCUGGACGCCGGCGACCUCUGUGAUCCCCGCUUUCUGGACUGGGCGCCUGGUGGCGUGAGGGCAGGAGCGCGCUGCCGCCCGGGCCGCCCACAGCCCGGCGGGACGCCGCAUCGAGCACUGUGCCCUGACUCAGCCGCUCUGGGGCCUUCGGAGCCUCGGGCCCGGCCGGCUCGCGCAGGGGAAGCGGACUUUGUGCAGUCAGAGCCCGUGACUGAGCUCCUGGAUCUCUGGGGUAGGAAAAAAGUGAGGGGACCUUCCUGGCCCUUCUGGGAAGCCCCCCGAGCCACCGAUGGCACAGGUGGGAACUGGCAGCUGGAGCUGCUCAGUUCCGUCACUGGCGCAGGGGGCGGUUCCGGCGGGUGGCCCGGCCGAAGGGCCUGGCCAAGGAGGCAGCGGGUGCCCCCGUGGGGAAGGCUCGGGGGUCCCGAGGGCCGGGGGGCUGCCCUCGGGCUGUCUUUGUCUCACCAGGAGGCUUGCUGUCCUCCGGUCUGAAUCCGGACUGAUUAUUUAUAGUGAGGGGGCCGGGGCCCCCUGGAGGGGAUGGGCUGCACGGUGCAAUCAUUAGGGGCCAGGACUCUGCCGCAGGACCGGGCCGUCUCCCAGCCUGAUGGCCCUGGGCCGGCCCACGCUGCUGGGUGCAUGUGGUGGGGAAUUAAGGGGGUGGGACUUGGGGGAGGCUGGGGCCGGUGGAAGGACCAGGCCUUCCUGAGCCCCAUUCUCCCCUGGGCCGCAAAGCCCCCGAAAUACGCCCAUCUGUGGGUGGGGCGGGCCCAGGCAGUGGCAGGCUUGUGAUUCCCAGUUCUGGGGCGAUGGUGACGGGGAACCCUUUAAUACUCCGGGUGAUUCCUUGGCCUUUCGAUAAAGACGUUUUAGUUUGCA